AUGAACAGGCAAUAUCUACCGUGGUUCGCAUUGGGCUUCGGAUGCGCCAUAGCCUACAGACUUACAGUAUACCAACUAGAAUCAUUUAAACGACAAUGUGAGAUUCUCCCCGAAGAGUCGCGAGAAACGGUCGAUAAAGCUACCGAGAAUGCGCUCAAGCUGGAUACGCUGGUUACUCUUUCGCGGGGUGUAAACUAUAACCUCUCAAGGGCUGCAAUCCGUAUAAUCGCCGAACGCGCCCUCACCGACACCGCCUUCCCCACUCUCCUCCGCCACGCCAUCUCCUCGACUCCAUCAACCCGUCACACAGCUCUAAAAACCCUCCGCUUCUUAAUCCUCGGAAAAUCCAAAUCAGAAAACUACUACGAAAACGACAACGACCACAUCCUUUCCAAAGAAUCCGAACUAAUUCUCUAUUCCCAACCAGUAUUCCACACCCUCGUUCACGCCUGUCUAAUCGCUUUACCCCGUAAAAUAAAGGAUACGGAAACAUACACCCAAAGAGACGAAGAAACGGAAGCAUACGCUCUAGAAUGUCUUCGUUCGUUAAUCCGUCAACCUCAUCAAGCCGGUUCCUCGACUUCUACUUUAAUACGUGCUAUAAAUGCCGGGGUAGUGGUUUAUAUGAAACGACUUCCUUCCCCGGGAUAUCCAAACAUAAUAGCCGCCUUCUCAGACACGGAAUAUCAACCUACAAACUACUUUUUGUACGACAUACAUAAUUGGAUGCUCAACCAUGAUGAUGCAGAUGAUUACCUGGAAGCCCUUAAGAAGGCAGAGUUAUAUGUCGAACGACCGAAGGUUAUCAUGAUGGGGAUGCGAGGUGGUGUAGGCGGAACAUUUGAAAGACAGGUACAGGAAUUCCAUAGGACGUUGAGAGAGCGGUAUCCUACUGCUGUUUCUGUUGAAGAGGCAUUGGAGUUUGCGGCGGCGGAAGGGAUGACGUUUGAGAAUGGAGAGGCUGUUGCGGGGAGAGGUGCUGUUUGGCAAUGA